CGCCGAGCAGCGCGCCGCGGCCGCCAUCGCCAGGGGGUCCCGGCCCCGGCCCUGUCCGGGAACAAUAAAGCUCUUGUUGAGAGCACCGGGGGCCGGGCGCCGGGCGAGCCCCUUCCUCUUUCGUCCCUCCUUCUCCUCCUCUGCCGCCGCCGCUGCCGCGGGCCCCGCGCCCGGUGGAUGGAGAAGCAGGGCAGGAUGGACUGCCCCGCGCUGCCCCCGGGCUGGAAGAAGGAAGAGGUGAUCCGCAAGUCGGGCCUCAGCGCCGGCAAGAGCGAUGUCUACUACUUCAGUCCAAGUGGUAAGAAGUUCAGAAGCAAGCCUCAGUUGGCAAGAUACCUGGGAAACACUGUUGAUCUCAGCAGUUUUGACUUCAGAACGGGAAAGAUGAUGCCCAGUAAAUUGCAGAAGAACAAACAGAGACUAAGGAAUGAUUCUCUCAAUCAAAAUAAGGGAAAGCCAGACUUAAAUACAACUUUACCAAUCAGGCAAACUGCGUCAAUUUUCAAACAACCGGUCACCAAAGUUACCAAUCAUCCGAGUAACAAAGUAAGGUCUGAUCCGCAGCGAGUGACAGAGCAGCCACGACAGCUUUUCUGGGAGAAGAGGCUACAAGGCCUCAGCGCGUCGGAUGUCAGUGAACAGAUCAUAAAAUCCAUGGAGCUACCUAAAGGUCUUCAAGGAGUUGGCCCGGGUAACAACGACGAUACCCUGUUAUCAGCUGUUGCUAGUGCUUUGCACACCAGUUCUGCGCCUAUCACGGGGCAGCUCUCUGCAGCUGUGGAGAAGAACCCAGCUGUCUGGCUUAACACAUCUCAACCCCUGUGCAAAGCUUUCAUCGUCACAGACGAUGACAUUAGAAAACAAGAAGAGCGGGUGCAACAAGUGCGUAAAAAACUGGAGGAAGCACUAAUGGCAGACAUUUUGUCACGAGCGGCUGAUACAACAAAAGAUAUAGAUGUAGAAAUGGAUAAUGGAGAUGAAGCAUAAAAAGAAAUCAGGUACUUUUAACUGACUUGUCCCAGGAGGAACUUCCUAAAAGACAGAGGCACUUUCUCCUUCGGUCUUUCGUUAUAAGAAGAAAUGGACCCAUGCACAUUUAUAUAGCUUUCUAAUAGCAUUAAAACCAAUGCCUUUUUUAGACUCCUAUUUUUGAUGUAUAUAUCUUAUUUGAAAAGCAACUUUAUUUUGUGUCCUAUGACUUAAAGUCCUUUUUUAAGUAUCGAACGUUACCCUUAAUCUAAAGCUGAGCUUUUGAUGCCAGGUUGCAAACCUACUGGAAUUAUAUUGCUUGUACUAAAUAUUUGUUUUUCCUGUGGUUUUUAGUAAGGAUGGAUCAGGAGAACAGAAUGAUUUCCCAAAUAAAGAUUAUUGUGACUCUGUAUAUAAACAGAUUUUUAUACAAUGGGUGAAAACACCUGUACAUUCUUCCGUCAUCACUGUAAAGAUAAAUAAAUGAUUAUAUUCCAAGCA